AUUCGCCGAAAACUUACGAGGGAUAUGGAAGCCGACUAGGCGUAGAAAAGGGUGCUAUUCUUGAUUGGAGCGACUACUAUUAUCUUCAUUACCAACCUUCGUCUUUGAAGGAUUACACCAAGUGGCCUUCCUUGCCUCUUCAUUGCCGAGAAAUAUUGGAGGAUUAUUGCAAGGAAAUGGUGAAACUAUGCGAGAAGUUAAUGAAGAUACUAUCGAAAAACUUGGGAUUACAAGAAGACAGACUUCAAAAUGCGUUUGGUGGUAAAGAGGAAUCAGGAGGUUGUUUAAGGGUUAAUUAUUACCCAAAAUGCCCUCAGCCGGAGCUGACUCUUGGCAUCUCUCCGCACUCCGAUCCCGGUGGAUUAACCAUUCUCUUGCCGGACGAACAAGUCGCCGGUCUUCAGGUCCGUGGAUCCGACGACGUUUGGAUCACAGUCGAACCAGCUCCUCAUGCUUUCAUCGUUAACAUUGGUGACCAAAUUCAGAUGCUGAGCAAUUCAAUAUACAAAAGCGUAGAACACAGAGUGAUCGUGAGCCCUGCAAAUGAGAGGCUAUCUUUGGCAUUCUUCUACAACCCAAAGGGCAAUGUUCCGAUCGAGCCAUUGAAGGAAAUAGUGACCGUAGAUUCACCUGCUCUCUACUCCUCCACCACGUACGAUCGUUACCGUCAAUUCAUUCGUACGCAAGGCCCACGUAGCAAAUGUCAUAUCGACGAACUUAAAUCCCCUCGAUAGUGCGUACUUUUUAUUUGUUAAAGGCAUUAUGUUUUCUUGUUGUAUAAAUAAUGAACAAUGCUUCUUUUUAUCUGUUAAGUACUGUACUAUUUAUUGUCUUGUUAUGUGAGGAUGUUUACAUUAUGUUUUCUUUAAGGUAUAUGGGUUUUAUUUGUUUUUUUCUUAAUGUUUACAUGUUCAACUAUUGUGUGUGUUUGAUUAAUAAUAUUUGUUUUCAAAAUAUUUCUGAUGUUUUAUGUUUAUGCCAUAUAUUGUUGUUUGCGGUCUUGUUUUUUAGAUGUGAAGAUUUCUCGGUUUUUGGCUGGUGCAUCUCUUGUAGCCAUAAACUUUUUGUUAAAGCUCUUGAAUAAAGAGUUUUUGGGAAA